AUCAAGUCACUAAUGUCUAGUGUUUUGUCUAUCAACAAGUGUUGCUUUGUAUAAAGUUUGCUAGGUUUUCCUGUUAUCUGCAUUGCUUUUCAUUUUAACAAACCUUUAUAGUAAUUUAGCUUUUCAAUCCUUUUGCUUUUCUUAGCUAAAUGUUUUAUCUUCAACUCUUCCUUCGAUAACUUACUUGAUCAAGCCAUUACCUUGAAUGUUUCAUAUCCUUUUAUCUAAUAUCAAUUUAUAAAUGAAAUAAAAGAAGGUUGACCUUUGGUUUGCAUAAGUCUAUGCAAUCCAUCAUUUUCUAGAACCACAUCUCAAAUGCCUCCAUCCUUCUAACAUUCUCACUUUUAAUGACCAUAUCUUUGAUCCAUCCCUUUUAUUGCUUUUCCACACUUCAAAAUUUCUGUCUUCUAAAAACUGUUUGAAUUGCCAUUGCUGUUUUGCUUUAAUAUCUUCACUACUACAGCCAUUGAAUCCAUGAUCAAUAUCAAAAUGCUGCUAUUAUGUAAAUAGGGUCAUCAUAAUGUAAGUGACCUAAAAUUAGCAAUCUUUAAAGAUAAUGAUUUUAAUUAUAGGUUAUCUAGGAGCUGUUACUGCAGCUUUAUUUACAGCCUAUGCUAUACAGAAGAUGGCUCCAAAAAAAUGGGGAGCAGGACUUUUAAGUCUUUUACCCAAAGUUUGGGAAUACAUUGAGAAGGUUGGUCGUGAUGUAGAAGAAAACAAGAAAUCUUGGGGCUGCUUUAAAAACAGUUGGGAGUUAUAUCUUGAACUACGGGGAUUAACAAGUGGAACCAUUGAACGAAAGUUUCCAGUGAAUUAUAACAUACCUGAACGUGAUGCUGUUUAUAAAUCUGUCAGUUAUGCAGGUUGGGGUGGGUCCAGUGGUCAUGAUGCACCAAUGAUUGCUUACGAUGCUUUGAUGAUGGCAAAAGAUUCCUGGUUUAAAUUGUGUUCUUGUUCUAUGUUUCAUGGUGGAGAUAGUGACAGUACAGGAAUAUUGGCUGCAGCAUGGUGGAGUGGUAUGUAUGGUAUGAAAAGUGUACCCCUUGGAAAUUAUAGGAACCUGGAAUAUGGUCAUAGGCUUAUGGAGCUGGGUAAAAAAUUACUGAAUGUAUCAAAGAAUAUGAACAACUAACAGGAUAGUAUUUAUUUAACAAAAUUUAUGUCAUAAAAUUCUGUCAUCCGAAUAUACUUUAGUAUGUUUGUAAAUCAUACAAUAAAAAUUACUACUUGGUUUUAACAUAAAAGCAAUUUUCUUUAGGAAUAAAUUCUAAAGAAGAAUGUCAGAUUCAGGGCAUGGGCAGUUCUAAGUUCUACUUAGGAUGAUUCCUGGCUGUAGAGUUUCAUAAUACAUUACACGUAGAUUGUUUAAAAGACUUAGCAACAUCAA